CGUCUUCCUCCCCCGCGUGCACGCACGCACGCACGCAUGCUGUCUGCGUGCGCGCUGCCGAUGACUCUCUUCUGCUUCCCUUCCAGUCCCGACGAGCUCCUUCCUUCCUUCCUUCUCCUUUUUUCCUCUCCUCCUCCUCCUGCACGAAGCAUCUCCGCUCUCCAGCGUCCGUCUCCACCCUCCUCUCUUUUCUUGUUCUUUUUUUGUUGUUGUUCCUGAGCCGUCAUCGCUGCGGUGCUUCCCGCAUGGAGGCAGGAAGCCAGGGAGACCCGAGCCAUGCACGCCGCCUCGCCUCCUGGCACCAUCCAUAAAUGACCCGAAGCUGAGGGCUCAGGGGGGACCCGGACCCGGACCGGACCAUGGCAUGCGGCCCGACCCGGGCAACCAGCACUGACCAUGGGACUGCGGUCCAGGAGCGCAGCUAGUGGCUCGGAGGACCGCAAGAAGGGCCCCCCGGACCAGCAGGGCGGCGACGUGGGGGGAGACAAGGAUGGCGCCCUGCUGGUGGCGGCGGUGGCAGUCCGGGAGGACUACACGCGGGGGUCCCAGGGCACAUCGGCCAUCGGGCUCCUGGCCAAGACCCCCCUGAACUACAGCCGGCCCGCCAAAAGGAAUAACGUCCGCAAGAGGAGGAUUCAAAACCUCAUCUACGAUGCGCUGGAGAGACCCCGAGGGUGGGCGCUGCUCUACCAUGCCUUUGUUUUUCUGAUCGUCCUGGGCUGUUUGAUUUUGGCCGUGUUGACCACCUUCAGAGAGCACGAGAAGACGUCCGCUCAUUGGCUGGUGGUUCUGGAAACGUUCGCCAUUUUCAUCUUCGGGGCCGAGUUCGCGUUACGCAUUUGGGCUGCCGGAUGCUGCUGCCGUUACAAAGGAUGGAGAGGGAGACUCAAGUUCGCCCGCAAGCCGCUUUGCAUGCUGGACAUCUUCGUUUUGAUGGCGUCGGUGCCGGUGGUGGUGGUGCGCAACCAAGGCAACGUGCUCGCCACGUCCCUGCGGAGCCUGCGCUUCCUGCAGAUCCUGCGCAUGUUGCGCAUGGACCGCAGAGGAGGAACCUGGAAGCUGCUCGGCUCGGCCAUCUACGCGCACAGUAAGGAGCUGAUCACGGCCUGGUACAUCGGCUUCCUGUCACUGAUCCUGGCGUCCUUCCUGGUCUACCUGGUGGAGAAAGACGACGUGUCGGUGGACGUGUCCAACCAGGACGACCCCACCGCUCAGCCCAAAGUUCAGGACUUCGACACCUACGCGGACGCACUGUGGUGGGGGCUGAUCACGCUGACCACCAUCGGCUACGGUGACAAGACGCCAAAGACGUGGGCGGGGAGACUGUUAGCCGGAACCUUUGCUCUGAUCGGCGUCUCCUUCUUCGCUCUGCCUGCAGGUAUCCUGGGUUCUGGUCUGGCUCUGAAGGUCCAGGAGCAGCACAGACAAAAACACUUUGAGAAGAGACGCCAUCCCGCCGCCGGGCUCAUCCAGUCAGCGUGGCGCUAUUAUUCCACUAAUCCAAUCAGGGAAGACCUCAUCGCCACGUGGAGGUUCUACGAAACCAUCAUCUCGCUCCCGUGUUUCAGGAAGGACCACCUGGAAGUCAUGGCAAGCCAGAAGAUGACACUGCUGGAGCGUGUCCGCCUUCCUAACGCGCGUCCGACGAUGGCUGCCGUGGCGGUGGUGGCGAGCAGGAAGAUGGCGGCCAAUGCCGAGGCGCUUGAGGACAGUCCCUCCAAGGAGCCCAAACCAGCCGGAUUCAGCAACCGUGAACGCUUCCGUACCGCCUUCCGCAUGAGGGCGGCCACGCUGAGGCAGAGCUCUGAAGAUGCAGCAUCUCUUCCUGAAGUGGUCCCGGAGGAACGCGGCUUCCCGCCCGAUAUCCUGCUGGAGGAGAUGAUCCCCACGCUGAAGCUGGCCAUCAGGGCCGUCAGGAUCAUGACGUUCCUGCUGAACAAGAAGCGCUUCAAGGAAACGCUGAGGCCUUACGACGUGAAGGACGUGAUCGAGCAGUACUCCGCUGGACAUCUGGACAUGCUCUGCAGGAUCAAGUACCUCCAGACCAGGAUCGACAUGAUUCUGGCACCUGGAGCCACCCUCACCCCCAAACAGAAGAAAACUGUAAAGCCGCCCUUUAAUUACCCCAACAACCCGUCUCCCAGGCAUGAAUCCUUCUUGUCCAAACCCCACUCCAUGGCAGAAGCUGAGGACCAAAGCAUGAUGGGAAGAUUUGUGCGUGUGGAAAGACAGGUGGAGGACAUGGAGAAGAAGUUGGACUUCCUGGUGGACAUGCACAUUCAGCACAGCGAGCACCUGCAGGUGGACUCAGCGGGCGCUGCCCAUAUGACCCUGGAGCCCUGCCACCCCCCAGUAGGUAGCGAUAUCCGCCGGGUCUUCUUGAACUAUGGUGAAAGUUUCCAGCAAACGUACCGGUCGCCCGCCAUCGAGGUGGGACCGGCUGGCGGAGGGGGCGGCCCCUCUCACGGGCAACCGCGCCCGCCGCCGUCCGUGCCCACGUACACGGCGCGCCCCACCGUGCUGCCCAUCAGCUCCCUGCAGAACUUGUCUGGGGGGCGCGGCAGGACCACGGGAGGGUGCACGGAAAGGCGUGGGGGCGACUCGCCAUUGUCGCUGCUGUCGGUCAAUCACGAGGAGCUGGAGCGCUCGCCCAGCGGCUUCAGCUUCUCCGGCGAGCGCGACGGCGAGGAGGGGGCGGUGGGGAAGGGCGGCUCAGCGGCCAGGGCCCGGACGCCAGCCGAAGGAGAGGGCAGCCGGGCCCAACCCAGACCCAUCUACUUGGCGGAGGGAGAGACGGACACGGACACUGACCCCUUCACGCCCAGCGGUGGGCCUCUGCCCUUCUCGUCCACGGGGGAGGGGCUGGGUGACGCUGUGUGGAGUACGCCGCCCUGAGUGGGGAGGUGUUGCCCACUCUGCAUCACUUGUCAACUCUGAACCUUUAAUCUUAGCCACGCCUCCACACUUGAACCCGUAUGAUGAUGUCCGCCGGCAUGCUGCCAGAACGUCAGUGAUGUCAUCGGUAGGGAUGCAAAAUUUCCGGAAAGUUUCAGGUAAAUUUCCAUGGGAAGUUAAGCUGGGAGUUAAGGAAAUUUAUGGGAAUAGCUAAAAUAUCAACUUCAAUUCCCUGUUAAGAUUCUAACCUUCAAUUUGGUGAAUUCCUGGUUUAUUCCCAUUAAUUCCCAUGAAAGUUUCCAGUUUAAAAAAAACUCCCAGGAUUUUGCAACCCCAGUAAUCAGUGAUGGGACGCCGCGGAUGGGACUGCGGAGAAGGAAGCUUUACGCCGCUGCAUGCGACGCAUGCUCACUAGCGUAGACGCCGGCCUGCAGCAGUGCAGGAAGUGCUGGAUGACGCUCACACCUGCUAUGCCAUCUAGAGAAACAUUUAAUUCAUAUUUCGCAACACUUUCAUACACGCAUCACACGUUACACAUAUGUACACUACACGUAAAGUAUGCACAUGACAUGUAUGGUACAUCGGAAAAGUAUUUAUAGUGCUUCACUUUUUUUCACCUUUUUUUUUGUUACAGCUGUAUUCCAAAAUGGAUUACAUACAUUGUAAUUACAUACUUGAGCUCUAGGCAGUCCUUGCCUCUUUGCAGUAGCCAAUCAUAUUGCAGCGGCGCGUGUCCUGCCUGGAAUUCAAGUGGGAUUCAUAAUAACGUCUGAACUCCUCUGUGAGUUAUCAAUACAGCACUAAUAUUAGUCAUUCUACACAGAGGAUAAAGAAUAUAUGACUGUGAGUACUGUUAUAGUCUGCCGACUAUUUUUGCUGAACCAUUUGUGUUCAAUCUGUCGCUUAAAGAGUUAAAGCACCACAACAUAGUUGCUCAUUAGUGUUAGCAUUAACCAAGUGGGUCUAUUGCGUUAAUAAGUUAGCAAAAAUGCCAACAGGAAAAAACAAAAACUUGUCAUUCUGGGGCUGUUGUAAAGAAUUUGGAGUCAAAAUGAAUUUAUUUUACAUUGGAAUAAGGUUGUAAAUUUGAAAUGUGAAAAAAGUGAAGCGCGGCGAAUACUUUCCGGAUGCACACAAUACGUAUGUACACUUUUAGUUUGCAUGAAUGCAUGCUAAAACGCCAUCUAGUGGCCAUACUCAAGCAAAAGUUGCACUUGUGUGCUUGCGUGCGUGUGUGCGUGCGUUUUGUUGUCUGUCCAUCAUGCGGACAAGUGGGUGGUGCUUUAUUGUCACAUGACUUUGCUGAGUGAUUGACAUCCUCCAAGUGUCAAUCAAUCAAUGUGAUGUCCAACGUGCCAAAAUACACUCUCAUAACGGUUUAUUUUAUUUUAUUUUAUUUUUUUAUUUUUUUGGGCGUCACUGUGACAACAAGCCAUCUUCUUCACACAAAUGACAAACGAAACUUCAGUGAAAUAAAGUCGAUAUUUUGUGGAGAUUUUCUAACGCAUAAAAGUAUUUUCUAAAACACUUUUAAGCCUUCCUUGUCUGUCUUGUUGUCAUGUGACGUGCUCCAGACGUGCUCAUUGGCUCCAACAGUUGAUGCUCUGGUUAUCAAGGCAACUCGCGACAAGCUUUGGGUGCCAACGACUUUGACAGGAGGCGGGUCCUCAGUCAGUAGCCUUCAUCAUCAUCAUCAUCUUCGAAUUAAUUAUAAAUGAAUUGAAAAAAAUAAUACGUUUCAUGAAUGUAACAAUUCAUGUUUCCUCACAUAUUGAUGUUUCAUAAUGCAGCUUUACACUUUGAUGAUUAGUUAUGACAUUUAUUUAUGAUUAUUGAUUUACAAUGACAGUAGACGAACCAAACCACACAACUACUUUAGACGUUGCAAACACUUAACAAUAAUACUAAUAUCAAUAUUCGUAAUUGUCAUGAUUGACGGCUGCCUUCACGUGAGUCACAUGACACCACACGUCACACAUCCGGCUUUAGCUUAUUCAACACACACACACACACACACGCACACACUCACUGGCCACUUUAUUAGGACCACCCUGGGUAAGACAUGAGAGAGUCAUAAUAUUAGGAACAGCUGUAAUGGUAACCAGUCGAUGAACGCCUCUCUGAAAUGGGAUCGCGUUAGAUGUUGUACCUAAUGGAGUGUCCAGUGAGUGUUUCUAUAGUUAUGAAUUAUGUACAGAUAAAUAUAUACGGUACAACGACAGCUAGCAGCAUGACUCGGCUGUAUUGUUAUGCAAUCACAUUUACUCUUUAUACUUCAAUGUAGAAAUAAGAUUUGAACACUUAAGACUUUCUUUUCGACAUACACUCUUGAUUGCGCAACUAGGAUUUUGGUUUCAUGACAUCAAGUAUAAUGACAUGUUUGAUAUCUUUAAGGGGAUGUUCAAUGGCAUGAGUUGUUUGAGGACAUGACAUGGUUGAUGACAUGACAUGUUGGAUGACAUGCUUCAGGACAAUUUUAAUGAAAUGUUUGAUGCUAAUUGGCUGGUGACCAGUUCCGGGUGUACCCCGUCUCUCGCCCGAAGAUAGCUGGGAUGGGCUCCAGCACGCCCGUGACCCUAGUCAGGAUGAGCGGUACGGAAAAUGGAUGGAUAGAUGGAUUGAUGGAUGGAUGACAUGUUUAAGGAUUAGUUUACGGACGUUUUGAUGACAUGUUUAACGACAUGUUUGAGGACAUUUCAUGAUGUGUUUAAUGACGUUUCAUGAUGUUUGAUAACGUUUAAUGACAUGUUUGAGGACAUGACGUUUGACAUGUUAAAGAACUUGUUUAAUGACGUUUGAUGGCAUGUUUAAAGACGUUUAAUAACAUGCUUGAGGACGUUUAAUGAGGUAUUUUCAUGACAUGUUUAACCAUGUUUAAUGACGUUUCAUGAAGUUCGAUAGCAUGUUUAUUGACAUGUUUAAUGACAUGCUUGAUUACAUGUUUAAUGACAUGUUUAAGGUCAUGUUUAAAGGAAUGUUUGAGGACAUGUAUUAAAGAUGUUUAAUGACAUGUUUGAUGACAUGCUCAAGGACAUGUUUAAUGACUGCUUGAUUACAGAUUUAACGACAUGUUUAAGGUCAUGUUUGAUGACAUGUUUAAAGACAUGCUGAAGGACAAGGACAUCAUAUUCUGUGUAAUCAAGUACUGUUUGUACGGGAAGACGAGCAGUGGCUCUAAAUGAGAGCCCUGUGGGACACCUGCAGUGUCAACUACUUUGUAUGUUUUUUUUUACAUCAUCAUCAUGACCAACUAAAUGAGAGGAUGAACAUGCAAUUAAAUAAUUAACAUGUUGGGGGGAAAAAGCUGCUAAAACAUCUUUUUUUUUUACUUUAUGAUGUUCUCAAAGAAUUGUCUUAUGCUACUGAAGCAUACACCCUUUAUUUAUUUUGUACACUUUUUUUUUUAAACCAAAGUCUUGACAUUUUGAGUGCACAGGAAUCGUGAUCACACAAAUGUUUGUUGACAACACUCCUCCUAAAGAAUAUGACACAUAAUUUUGUCAUAUUUACUCAUCUUUAACAGUGAAAAGUUCAUUUUGCCAUCAUAUAAUGUUCCUCGAUGAGCACAUCACAAAUAAACAAUAUUCCUAAAGGUAUUCGCUCGCCUGCCUUGACUGACAUGACUAAGUGAGAUCACAUACUAAAUCCAUAUGGUUUAAUAUGAUGUUUGUCUACCCUUUGCAGCUGUAACAGCUUCAACUCUUGUGUGAAGGCUUUCAACAAGGUUUGGGAGUGAGUUUGUGUGAAUUUUUGCCCAUUCUUCCAGGAACAUAUUUGUAAAGUCACACACUGAUGUUGGAACGAGAAGGCCUUGCUCACUAUCCACUCGAAAUCAACCCAAAGGUGUUCUAUCAGGUCUAGGGCAGGAUUCCGUGGAGGCCAGUGAAGUUCAUCCACACCAGACUCUGUCAUCCAUGUCUUUAUGGAACUUGCUUUGUGCACUGGUGCACAGACGUGUUUGAACACGAAAAGGGAAAGCUGUUUGACUGUCCAAAAUCUCUUGGUAUGCUGAAGCGUUCUUUGUUCCUUUCACUGGCGCGCAGGGGCUAACAUUUUGGACAUUUCCAACAUUGUGGGAAGUUUGGAGAUGGCCCCUUCGUGUUUCAACAUGACUGUGCAUCAGUGCACAAAUCAAGGUUCAUAAAGACACGGAUGAGAGAGUUUCAUGUGGAUGAACUUGACUGGCCUCCACAAUCCUAACCUCAACCCUAUAAACACUUUAGGAUGAAUGAGAGCAGAGACUGAAAGCCAGACCUUGUCCAACAUCAGUGUGUAACCUCAGAAAUGCGCUUCUGGAUAUAUGGUCAUAAAUUCUCAUAAACACCCUCCUAAACAUUGUGGAAGUGUGCAAGCUGUUAUAAUUGCAGAGUUUGGACCAGUCAUAUUAAAUCCUGUAAGUUAAGAAUGGGAUUUCACUAAAAUUAAUAUUCAAGUCCAGUGAGCGAAUACUUUUGGCAAUAUCGUGUACGAAAAUGGUCAUCCUCAUUUGAAUAUUCAUGUAGUCUGGACGAGCACACAAAAGUUCUGCUGGACAACAAUAUUCCAAAUUGUCCUUUUCACAUGCAAAAAAAGCCAUAACAUAUUCAAAUUGUGUGUGCAUGCGUGUGUGUUGAUCUGUCAUGAUGAUGAUGAUGUGUUGGUUCUGAUCCAAACGUGAGCUGAAACGUUUUGGACCCUUUGAUUGCUACCAAUGAUUUGUGCCUUGGUCUUUUCAUGCUCAUUGUUUUCUUGUUCUUUUUUGUUUGUUUGUUCAUUUUGUUGUCGUUGUCAGCUGCCAAGUCGCGUCACAACGUUGUCGUGUGAUGAGUAACAAAAAUGUCAAAAAAUGUACACACAAAAAUGUUAAAUAACAUAUAACCUGCUGUAUGUAUCUUCAUAUCUACUCUUACAGGCAGUAAACAAUGCUCAGCUAAGCCAACAACCUGUUUAUUUCGCUUCUAUCGUGCAUGUGAAUGAGCACGAUAAUACUUGUCCGUUGCUAUGACGAUGAGUAAACCGUGCCAAACAAAACGACAAGGAGGUGGUGUUUCUUUGUUAGCAUAAGUGCUAACGUGCGGUAGUCACGCUACGAGCUAACGCAUAGUUUGGAUGGAAGAACGUCUGUGAACGACUUGGCCGCAGCUCGUUUUGUUUUUUGAUAUGUAAAGACGAAGUGACCUUCACGUGUCCUCACUAAACAUAUUUUUGUUCAUCAUAUGCAAAUAUGCAAAUUAUUGUCGUUAUUCUUAAUAUUACAAUUACUUGUUUUUUAAGAACUCUUCUCUUUUCAAGUGCACCAAUUAUUAACAAUAAAACACUUAAAUGAC